AUGGCACUUUCAUCUGAGAAAAAUUGGGUUGAAGUACUGCAAAAUUUGCCGUCAUAUAAAGAAUAUGAAAAAUUGGAUAAAGUAGACAUUAAAAAUGAAAACAGUAGUCAUUGUAAUGAUCUAGGAAGUACAGAUGAAGGGGAUAAAACGCUUUGUAAAAAGAUAGUACAAAAUUUAAACCAAUUAUCUGCAUUAAAGGAUGAUGAGAAUCUUGAUAAUAGUUGUUAUUACUUUCAACAUUGGUUCUUUGAUAAUAUAGCGAAAAAAUAUUAUGAUGGAGAUGAAAGGGGUAAUAAUUAUCCUGUUGCUGAAAAACUUUAUAAUAUAGUAUCAGAAAUUACUCCAGUAUCAUCUAAAAUGGAACCAUGCAAAUGUUAUGAAUCUGGUUAUCCUGAUGUUUGGAAAGAAGAGAAACAUUUGCACGACUAUUUUGAAAAUCACAAAGAUAUUAAAUGCAACGAUUCUGAUAAGUCUAAGUGCGAAAAAUAUAUCCAAUAUGUUACUUAUAUUAAUACUUUAUUCCAAGAAAAAGUAGAUAAAUGUUGUGAUGGAGAAGAUCUGGAUGAAUAUGGAUUUUGUGAACCUUAUUUUAAAUGCGAAAAUAAGUACAGUCCUCAAGAUUUAUUAGCUCAGUUAAAAAAAGAACUUCAGGAAUUAGGAAAGAAAGCGGAGGCACCACGUGACGGAGGUACAGGUGCAGUAGAAGCUGGUAAAGCGCCAGGAAGUGGAGCGGAAGAACGAGAAAAGAAGACAAAGGAAGAAGUAACUGCGGAAGCAACGGGAAAGGAAUCAAAAGAAAAGUUAGUAGCUGGAGAAGUACCUAAGGAAAAAGCAGCAGAUUCCCUAGCACAAUCUGCACUGGAAAAAACUAUACCCACACAACCAGCAGUACAAGGAUCUGUAGGGUUGAAACCUGGUGAAUCAGAAUCUAGAGAAGAACCUGCAUCUGCAAAACUCGUAGGGAAAAAACCACCAGAAGAAAACCCCAUAGCGCCUGAAUCUGGAGGGGCAAAACCUGCACCGUCAGAAGGUGCACCUGCAAAACCUGUAGCGACAAAACCACCAGCAGCAGGACCCGUAGCGGUAGAAUCUGAAACCGUAACUCCUGCAAUGGCAGAAUCUGGGAAGGCAAAACUUCGAGAAACAAAACCUGCACCUGCAAAACCCGUGGCGGCAAAACCCGUAGCGUCAAAACCUGAAACGGAAAAAGCUAAAGAGAUAGUAGCUGAAAAGGAAGCAACUAAAGAGAUAGUAGCUGAAGAGGAAGCAACUAAAGAGACAUUAGUUGAAGAGGAAGCACCUGAAGAGGUAGUUGAUGAAACUACGAAUACUUUGCAACCAGAAGAACCUUUGGGUCCCCCACCAAUAGAGAGCGCUGAACAGGAUGUUCAUGUGAUAUCAUCUCAUAAUACAGAGCCUGCAAGCAACGCGCUUCCUCUGACAAUUACGGAUACCCCUAAUACUUUAGGAACUGCACAUGAAGGGUUGGACUCAAAUUUUUUUCGUAACAUCAUCAUGGCUGUUGCAGUACUUGGAAAAAUUUUCUUCCUUUUCUACUACAACAGGUCUUCAAGAUUGGAAUCAAGCUUACGCAAAAAAAAACGUAAAAAGGGAAAAAUAUUUGAGCAUAAUUACUACGAAGAGUAUGAAAAGGAGUUAGAAAUGUAUGGUUCUGAGGAAACGUUUUUAGAUUCUGAAACGGAUCGAUUAUACUUGAAUUACCAUCCUGAUCAAGACUCAUAUUAUUAA